UUGGAGCUUCUUCCCAGGGUUCUCUGGCACUGCUUUCCCAGUCUCCUCUGCGCGGCUCUAUCUAAACUAGCUUCCCUUUGUACUUAGCGUAGACCGAGCUCCCUGCGUGCACCGCGCGCUGCCAGAAGCGCAAGUCCCCCAGAAUCAGCAUGUCCGUGACUGAGGAGGCGAUUCUCGGAGGCCGUGGCAGCCAUCCUUCUGCUGGUGGCAGUUCUGUGUUAUGCUUUGGACAGUGUCAGUACACAGCAGAAGAGUAUCAGGCCAUCCAGAAAGCUCUGAGGCAAAGGCUGGGCCCAGAAUACAUCAGUAGCCGAAUGGCUGGAGGCGGCCAGAGGGUAUGUUACAUCGAGGGUCACAGGGUAAUUAAUCUGGCCAAUGAGAUGUUUGGUUACAAUGGCUGGGCACACUCUAUCACACAGCAGAAUGUGGAUUUUGUUGACCUUAACAAUGGCAAGUUCUACGUGGGAGUCUGUGCAUUUGUGAGAGUCCAGUUGAAGGACGGCUCAUAUCAUGAAGAUGUGGGCUAUGGGGUCAGUGAGGGCCUCAAGUCAAAAGCCUUGUCUUUGGAGAAGGCAAGGAAGGAGGCGGUGACAGAUGGGCUGAAGCGGGCGCUGAGAAGUUUUGGGAAUGCACUUGGAAAUUGUAUUCUGGACAAAGACUAUCUGAGGUCACUAAAUAAGCUUCCACGCCAGUUGCCUCUUGAAGUGGAUUUAACUAAAGCAAAGAGACAAGAUUUUGAACCCUCUGUGGAACAAGCAAGAUACAGCAGCUGCCGGCAGAACGUGACUCUGGGACCCCCGAAACCACAGGAGGUGACCUCCCCUUGCAAACCAAGCUGCUCAGAUGAUCCCCACCUCGUGAAACAGGAAGACAAGGCCGGCAGCUCCCGAAGCCUGGCCUCCGCCAUGGAGAGCGAUGCCACGUACCAGCGGAAGCUCCGGCAAAAACAGUUGCAGCAGCAGUUCCGGGAACAAAUGGAGAAACAGCAAGUGCAACUAUCUGCUCCAUCAGUGGAAAAGAAGAAUCAGGCCGCACCGCCAGCACUUCCUGUGAAGCACAGCACCCCCAUAACUGUUUCUGAACCACACACGGAGAAAGACUUCCUCACAGACAGUCUUGGAAUGUGGGAUAUGGAUCCAGAUGCAGAGGACAGUGAUGUGAAGCCCUUGUCUAGGCCAGAACCACUCCAGACCCCUGCCACACCAGUCCUGAAACACCAGGUGGUGACCUGGAAUAGGACCCCACAGGACCUCUGUCACCAGGAUCCACAAGCAAAAUCUGGACCCAGGCAACUCCAAACUCACAACAGUAACCAAGAGAUAACAGUAAACUGUGAUUUCUAUGACAAGAACCAAGACUUGAAGAAAAGGAAACUGGAUCCAUCUUAACUGAGGCUCCGGUCACAUCAUUGGACUUUGUCACAAAAGGGACUUUCGAAAACUACUUUUUGGUCAUGAAAUUGUUCAUCAUUCCUAGGGAAUGAGCUUUAUUUCCAAGGAUUUACCUUGCUUCAUUCUGAACUUUACCUGAGGAUUUGAGUGUUGGAGCCUACUGCAGACAGAGCAGAGCAGUCAGAAAGCCCUUUUAAAAAGCUUGUCACACACUGCAGGGGGGAGGCUCUACGACUGAACACCUUCUCUCUGGCUCUUGAGGCUCUUCUCUAUUUAUUCCUAAGCUCUUACAUUAGUAAGUAUAGGCAUUUCAGGAGUCAUCAGUGGCUACCUGCCUUCAAGCAAUAGAAGCCAUACCAUGAAGCACGGACUUUAGCCACCACCUAUAUCAAGUUAUUGUUAAUGUCUGUCUUCUUUGAACUUUAGGUCUCCACAUUUACUGCUGUCCACACCACACUGUGUAUCCUAAGAACAAAGACUAGAGUGGGGUUUCGCUACUUUGCAUCAAUCCAGCCUGCCAUCUUCAUCUAUGAUAAUCUCUCCUUUAUAGGUUUAUGAAGUCAGUGUCCUGUGGUUUUUUUCCUUAUCAAGGGAAUGAUCUAGGACCAUGAAAAGGCAUUUUAAGAAAGCAAAAUAAAUUCUUUUUAACAAAAAAUGUAA